CAGAAUGGCCGAAUCAGAAGGAAGUACUGAUUUGAAAGAAGAAGAAAACAAUUCUUCAACACCCUCAGAAGAUAUUGUCAAGUUUAAAGACCCUUUGUUAACUGGUCUAGACAGAGAGAGUGACGAUGACGGGAUGGAAAGUCUUGACCUCGAUGCAUCCGGCCGGUCAGACAUCACUGUGUCAAGAAGUUCGAGUUUGAUCGCUAAUUUCCGACUGGAUGACUAUCAAGAUGGAGAGCUGAAGGAUCUGUUUGUGUUCGUGGAUAACCCCGAGAAACACAGCGGCACCAUCGAGACCUACAUCACGUUCAGAGUGUCCACUAAGACAACCAGGAGUAUAUUUGAUUCGACUGACUUCUGCGUUCGACGGCGUUACAAUGAUUUCUUGUGGCUCCGACAGAAGCUGGAAGAAACGUAUCAGACUCACCUUGUCCCUCCGCUACCAGAAAAGCACAGUUUGAAGAGACUGGAUCGAUUCAGUGCCGACUUCCUCCGAGUUCGCCAGGCCGCACUACAGAAGUUUCUCACACGUCUGGCUGAUCACCCGGUUCUCUCGUUUGACAAGAGCUUUCAAGCUUUCCUCACUUCAAAAGCAUGGGAGUUCCAGGCCCACAAGAAGCAGGUGUCGGGGAUACUAACGCGCGUGACGGAUUCGCUACACAACAUGGGCGCGUCGUACAUGAUGAAGAAUCGACCCCCAGAGUUCAUGACCAUGCAUGACUACGUUAACACCUUCAGUGACAAGGUUGCAGUCAUGGACAGAAUAUCGUCGAGGAUUCUCAAGGAACAAACUGACUAUUUGAGUGAAUUGAAUGAGUGGGGACCGGUCUACACGUUAUGGUCGAAUUCCGAAGAUCAGCUUAGUUCUUCUCUGCUGUGUAUGUCCAAAACUAUUGACAAGUGCUGUCACGCCCUCAAGGAAGUGAUUGACUCGACAGAUGACCAGCUUACCCAACCUCUCAGGGAAUACAUUUUAUACUCGGAGUGUAUCAAGGCAGUAUUACGUCGUAGAGACGCCAUGCAGAUGGAGUAUGACAUGAUAGUGGAUGAGCUCAACAAGAAGAAAGAAGAAAGAGAACAGGUGAAGACAUCGGAUCAGACGUAUUCAAUUGGUGCUUUUCUCGGCAAAGAUCCAGAGGAUGUGAAACAACAAAAACAGGAGAAGUUGGAGCAGCAGAUUCACGAGCUGACGUGUCAGAUGGAGAUGCUGAACGACCGGUCGGUGGUGGCGAACGCGGACCUCAAGUCGGACAUGGAGCGUUGGCACAAGACAAAGCAGCAUGACAUGAAGGAGAUUCUCGUCAGCAUGGCCGACCAACAGAUCGUGUACUACGAGAAGUGCCUUGCCGCAUGGGAGGAUGCAAUCAAGUCAUUCCAGAUCACAGGUCACAAGAAAGGGGAGACAACCACAGAAAAACCGAAAGACUUGCCAGCUGAAUCUGCCACAUAGAAAACGAACGAUGGUGUGAAAAAACCCCACCACAGUGUAACGUUAAUUACUGGCACACACAAUGUGUACGUCAGAUACUACAUAUUGCUGUUGUAAUUCUACAGAAUUUGAACAAACACCUAAACAACAUUUGUCACCUGUCUGGUAAGAACAUAACUAAUUAUGUUAUAUUCCAGUCUCUGAUCUGGUGCUCAGAACAGUUUACAUCAUUCCAAGAUAGGAAUCAACACAUGAGACAUUUUAACCAGAGCAGUGAUACCUGGCAGUAUAAUCACCAGAUCUCUAGCCUGUCAGAUAUUUGCUUCAUCCUAAUAAACACCAAUAGUGUCACUGACAAGCUAGGUACAUACAUUGUUUGAUAUAAAACUACUACUACCAAGAAAUACAAAUCAUCAGUAUUUAUGAAUAUAUAAAUUCCACCUUGGGGUCAUGCAUUACAUUCGUUACGUAUAUUCAUUUGGAUUUAUCAGUGAUGGCAUUGUGUAUAUUAUAUAUACAACGUGUUAUAUAGAAAAGUGAGAUUAACUCUUUCAGUCUUGUAAUAACUGGGGAUCAGGCAAUCUCUGUGGGAUGACUAGUACACUGAACUAAAGCUAGUGGUGAAAGAGUUAACUGUUGUGUGGAGACGGAACAAAAUUAUAAACUUAAAUGUAGGAAAAGUUGACUGUUUUAUUGUAAAGUGGGACGUUAUGACCUUUUUUAUUGGAAUAUGAGACAUUUUGUAUUCAACUGGAUUACUUGACAUUGUGGUAAAAUUACAGAAUAUAGAGGCAUUAUGACAUUUUAUUUUGCAAUAUAGGACAGUGACAUUUUGAACUGCAAUAUAGGACAGUGACAUUUUAUAUUGAAAUAAGACAUCAGCAUUUUGUAUUGCAAUAUAGGACAUUGACAGUUUUGAGUUCAAAUAUAGGACUUUGACAUUUUGUAUUGCAAUAUAGGACAUUGAUAUUUUGUAUUGAAAUAUAAGACAUCAACAUUUUGUAUUGAAAUAUAGAACUUUGACGUUUUAUAUGGCAGUGUUAUAUAUGACAUGACAUUUUGUAUUCAUUUGUAAUGUUCUAUUGUAGAAUUUGAAAUAAAUGUUGUAUAUUUGUACAGUAUUUAUUAAUUUGAAUUGUUGAUUUAUGAAUAUUACGGUAUGUUAUUCCUUAUUGGAUUGUGAAUGAUUGUUUUCUUUUUCUUGCUUAUGCAUAGGACAUAUUUAUUGACGGUUGUAUCGCUCUAGUCAUAUAUUAACAUAAAUGGCCUGUAGCAGUUGAGGAGAUGGCUCUGUGUGGGUAGAUCAUUAUCAGGGCUAUAUUUAGCUUGAAGUAACUUGGGGCAGGCAUCGAAAUAACAGUGAGUCUGGUAACCCAUGUACAGGUUGCCACAAAAUACAGUUCAGUAACUCGGUACCACAUUUUAUAGUUUCAUUAAUAUUGUAAAAUCCCUUCACAGACACUGAUACUUUGUUAUUCAUCCUGUCACUGUUCUCACUGGACUGAUCUAAAUAACACUGAAUUGAUUACUAUUGGGGUUAUGUACUUUUAGCUUAAUAAGGUGUUGUGGAGAACGAAAUACUAUUCACGACUUUGUGGCAACCUCCUGGUAACCUAAACGACCGUUUUCGAUAUAUUUUGAUGCCUGUUGGAGUAAAGUUUUAAAAAAUAUCAACAUGUGAACCAAAAGGGAGGUGUGUAUAUGGGUUUGGAGAAAUCUAUUUACACCAUUCAUUGUUCACUUAGGCAACAGAUUUCAUAGUGCCAAGCCAAUCAAUUUUUAUUAACCAGUGCCACCUAAUUUUUGUAAUGUUAACAGUUGCAAAUAUAUCUCAUCAUAACGGUAACCGUUUACAAUUGAAAAUACUCUGUACUCACCAAUAGUAGUAGCGCUUUCAUUUGUUGCUAACUAUUAACUGUUGGUGACAGUUAUAUCAGUAUUACUCCAUGUGUCAUCAUUAAUUCUGUUUUCACUGGUAUAGCAUUAAUACAUGAUUUGUGUGUAGAUUUAUUACAAACUUGGGUCUCUGAGGGAUUGUACAAAAUAAUAAUAAUAUAUGUUUAUUGUAAUACAAAUGUGAAUGUAUUUUAAAUGGUAGAAAUAUCAGUACAUAAAUGUAUAAUGGUAAGAAAUGAUAAUAGGCCUGUUGUUGCAUCUUGUGAUUUGUUUUAUUACUGUGUCGACGGUUAAUCAUUUCUUUCAUCUUCAUAAUUUAAAAUUGUAAUACCUCACUUUAUAAGUGGUUAUAUUUAUUAAGUGAAAUAUGUAAAAACAUCAAUGAAAUAAUAGUGCUAUCGGUCAAUAGUUCAAAUAGCAGCCCAAAAUUGUAAUUUUCACAUUAGAAGUGGUUAUGUCACUCACAUUUAGAGAAGUUUCAAGAAAAUUACUACUAUUGGAAUAACACCUUUUUUCUUUUUCUUCUUCUGUGUUCAAGCUAUAGUUGAUCAUGCUCUAGAUUUGGAGUCCAGUUGUGAAGAUAAAAAACGCUGUCUCUGUCAAGUCUUCUUUGGAACCGCAAAGCUUGAAAGCCAGUGUUGCUCCAUUUGGUCAGUGCUUUAACUUGGCUUCAGUGCAGAGGGGUCAGAAUUGCAGGAUGUGCCCUGGGGACUGUGGUCCUGUUGAACAUGGACAUUCAUCAGUGUCUGCCAGUUUCAGGUGGUACAUGCAGGGCUCACGCGGCCGGGCGAAGUGAGCCAAAACUUCGCUCUCACCAGCCUGACUUUGCCGUGCUAGUCACCGUACGGCAAAAUCUAUGUCACCUUUUUAAAAAUAGCUUCAUAGAUAAUAAUUAAGUGUGAAUGGCCUGAGAGUUUGAAGAGACACUGGCACCACAAAAUCAUGCGACUGGCAAACAUUUUUUGUAUUGUACACAACAGUGACAAGGUGCAGCAGAUAAGCAAUGUUCACACCUUCACGGAUACUAGUACCCAUUCAGUCUUACAACUCCACAGUGUAUUAAUUAAGAAAUUGUGACUGUGGUACGCAUUUACUUGCCUCUGGGUAAUCUAAGCUUGACCAUGGUAGAUUAAUCUUCUAGGACAAUAUUCUGCAUGGAGUAGACCUAGGUAUUAAAUGAAUGAGAAGACAAACUUGUGAGAGAAUGACUUCUAAACAGUUAAAUUAGUGCUUUUCAAUUACAUUUCAUUAUUUCUGAAGAAUGUGACAUGAGAAAAGGUGAUUUAAAAAAACCUAUAGAGCACAUAGCCAUCAAUUAGCAGUACAGAUGGUAAACAAAUAUAAAAUAAAAUACAGA